AUGAAGAUUCAUUUAAAUGUGAAAUUUAUUUGUGAUUUCAAUGAAUGCAACAAAAGUUUUCAAUCAAAACAGCAUUUAUUUCGACACAAAAGUUGUGUUCAUUUGAAUGAAAGGAAAUUCAAAUGUAAUGAAAAAAAUUGUGGCAAUAAUUUUAGCCUUAAAUCAAAUUUAAUUCGACACAAACGCAUACAUUCGGGAGAAAAACCGUUUGUUUGUCAUUUCAAUGAUUGUAAUAAAAAAUUUUCAGAUUCAUCUGCUCUAAGAAUACAUAUGAAAAGACAUCUGAAUAUAAAAAGCCAUAAAUGUAUUCAUAAUAACUGUAAUAAACAGUUUGUUUCAUCGAGUGAUUUGCAUCAACAUAUUAGAGUAAAUUAA